AUGCUUAUAGCAACAAAAUAGAUCUAAGAGAUAAAAAAUUAAAACUAAUUCCUUUUAUUUUCUAUUAUUGUUUCAUAUUAAAAUAAAUCGCAAUUGUAAAGUUAGGAAAAGAAUGUUAUCUUAAAGCCCAUAUAGAUUAAAGCUAUGGAGCUAACGUUCAUAGGAUUAAACACAUAUUUUACUUGGUACUAUUAGCAGCAAUAAUAUUAAGUUAUUUGCUAAAAGGCAAUCAAAAUUAGUAAUGCAUAUAUUAAAUAUAUGCUAUAAAAUAUUAAAUAUAUUGUGAAAUAUGCCUAAACAAUUUCUACUGUUAAUUCAAGGGCUGUAAACAGCUGCUAAAAAAGAGUCUAUCGUUUUAAAAAAACAAACAUGUUUAGAUAAAAAAGAUGGAUUAUUAUAUUAAUCAAAGCAUUUAUCAAUAAGUACCCAAUCAUCACAUAAAAGACAUAGUCUCUAUUACCUUAAAUGACUAUAAAUAUAUUAAGCACUAGAGAUCGAAUAAAAAUAAAGAACAUCUUGAUAAUAAAUUUACUAACUAAAAAAUAUAUGAAUCUUUUAGAAACUAUUUCUUUGUCAAACCUUCUAUUCUAAAUUUCUUUCUAUUCUAUUAUACAAAAUCUAAUAAAUAUUAGUAGAUCAAGAGACAUUAUAGAAAGGACUAAUGUUGAAAGAGCAUAAAUUAAAGGUUUGCCAAGUGGUGAGCUAGUUUUUUUAUAAUACAAGCAAUUUUGCAUAAAUUAAAAUAUGGCUGAGAAUAUCUAAACUACUAUAAAAGAUACAAAGCCGUCUAAUUUAUUAGAGAAAUGGUAGAAACAUAUUAAUGAUAUGCAAAAUAUACUUUCUAAAAGUGAAAUAAUUAUAAACAAAAUCUUGAAAUUAUUUAUAUUAUCUAGCGCCUUUUUAUAUUUAUCCUGA